AUGAACAUCGAGACGGAACGUAACACUCUACGAGAUGAAGUGAAAAAACUCCAGAAUGAACUGCAGUUCGGCAGGGAUCAAAUGAUGCGUAAAAACGACGAAUUCAACGCAGCACUCGAUGACUUGUCGAAUGCACACAGGACGGCCGAAGACGGCCGUGUCAACGCCAUCCAGGAGUUGGAGAGCCGCAAGUUUGAGAUCACUGAUCUGCAGGUAUCGCACCAAAACAAAUCCUUGAUCAGAUUCUAG